AUGGCUGAAUGUGCGGAGAAAGUAGCAAAAACAAGUGAUAAUGCGGACUCUGUCGGAGGGAAAGUUAAGGAAGAGACUGAGAAUCGGGUAAAGCUAUGCGGGCCGUGUUUUGAGGAAGGGAACGAAGUUCCAGCGACGAAGUUUUGUGUUGAUUGUGAUGACCAUCUCUGUGAGACAUGCGUGCAGUAUCAUCGUAAGGUCAAACUGAUUAAAAAUCAUGAACUGAUUGAUAUUAGUGCUGUAGUGCAAUGCUCCAAGAAAAAGGAGAGAAAAGCUGAUGUAUUUAAUUGCACGAAUCAUCAGGAGGAACUAACCCAUUAUUGUGAGAAACAUGGUAAACUAUGUUGCCUUAAGUGUGUACGCGGGAUUCACACCAUGUGCGGAGACAGUGUUUGUAAAGUUGACGAAGCAGCUGAGAAAAUAGAGGAGAAUCGGAUUUUCAAAGAGUUCGUUGACAAGCUGCAUCAUUUGGUAGUCGAGGCUCAGGAAAAUGAAAAAAGAGCCACAGACAAAAUUAAAACGGGAAUGGAACAGUUUCAAAGGCAAAUCGAGUCUGCAAGAAAGGUGGCCGAUGAAGAAGUAGGAAGGAUAAAAACAAUUGCGUCGUCCAUGGUUUCCAUUACGGGAGAACUCAGUAAGUGGAAAAAUCUCGUUGAAAAUGCUAAAAAGGCGAAAGAUUAUGGAAAACUAUUCAUUGCCAUGAAACUUGCAACAGAGCAACUCGAGUUCCAUGACGAGUCCAUUCAUGCUCUUGAAAGAAAUAACAAAUGGAGCCUUAAAUUAACGUAUGACAUUUCAAUUGAAAUACCCAGUCCGAUUCUUUUAAAGAAGGUAAUGAUGAAUGAAACUUGCAACAUAAGAGACAUAUGUGCAUUAGGAGAACAUAUAGCGGUCGUAGAUUCCCUCAAUGGUGGCAAAAUUAUUUUGAUGAAAGUUAGUCACUCUGCAACAUAUUCGGAGAAUACAACGGGAGGAUUUCCGUGGGAAGUGACUGCUAAUUCUUCCGGGCAAAUGUAUGCCUGCCUCAAGCGCAAAUCAACCAUAAGGAAAUACCUCCACCCUUUGACAGACAUUAAUAAAUUCAUUGAGAUUAAAACAGACACACAAGCGUUUUGUAUUCGGUGUUAUCGUGAUGUUGUCAGAAUUCAAGGUCGCAAUUCGUACUCUUUACAAGAAAUGGACGCAUCAGGAAUAACAAGAAUAAAACAUAAAGAAGGUGUCCUGUCUAGCAUUGCUUCUGUAGAUAUACAUUCAGCAAUUGAUGACAAAACGGGGUCUAUGUUCCUCAUUGGCAAAGAACCAUUCGGAUUGAGAGUAGUCACCAAAGAAGGCGAGGUAAACACAAUCGCUUUGUCAAAACCAAUAGAAGAUCCUGGGGGAAUUGUGUUGGAGUCUGAUGGAACAUUUCUGGUCAGCAGCGAGAGCGGCAAGAGCAUCAAACGUGUGACGGUGGAGGGAAGUGUGGAGGAUUUCAUCACUGGUUUGGAUUUUGAACCACAUGGACUUGGCUUUGAUAAGCAGAGGCGGCUAUUGUACGUUGGUGGCAUUGGUAGCCAUGUUAUUCUCAUGUAUUAUAUAUAG